CUUUUUUAUUACUUUCCCGGCCCCCUCAAGCGAACUUCCUUUCUAUUUUAGCUUAAGAAAACUCUUUUUUCUCUCUACUUAAUUUCUCUAUAGCUAGUUAUGGAUAAUAAUCAAUUAGAAAGACGCGAAUUCACCUUUCUGCACUCCUCCGGCGACUUUCUAGGGCAGAUUUCCGGUGUACCCGAUGACCAUAAAAGGCCUCCUGUCAAAGAAAUGGAUUUCUUCUCCACCAGUAAUCAGCCACCUGAUCAGCACACAAAUAUUGGAUCAUCCUCUUCCGGUGUAAACAUUGGAUUGAAUCUGCUCACUUCAGGUUGUAGGAUUUCAAGAAUAGAAAAUGAUGACAGACCCAAUUCAGAAUUGAGUUCUCUUCAAAAGGAGUUAGAGAGGCUACACGAAGAGAAUCGGAAACUGAGGAGUACGUUAGAUCAGAUAACCAAGAAAUACAGUGAACUGCAGAAUCAGUUAGUCAUGACGAUUCAAACACAGGGACAAGGGGGUCGGCGAGAACAGGUGUUGGUGCAGAAAGGGGUGUCAAGUCCCAUAAAGCCAGGCCAAGAGUUGACGGAGCCACGGCCAUUAGAUGUAAAUGAAGCAUCAGUCUCGGAUGACAAGACUCAAGAUUUGUCGAAUACCAUGGAAGUGGUGUCAAAGGAACGUGAAAUGAAUGUAGUAAGUGGGAAGCAAGAUGGAGGUGAUCAGACAUCCCAGAGUUGGGGGUCCCCUAAAAGUCCAAAAUCAGAUCAAAACAAAAACGAAGAUCAAAUUCCAGAGGCACCCUUUAGGAAAGCAAGGGUCUCAGUAAGAGCAAGAUCAGAAGCUCCCAUGAUCAGUGAUGGAUGUCAAUGGAGGAAAUAUGGUCAGAAGAUGGCGAAGGGUAACCCUUGUCCACGCGCCUACUAUCGUUGUACUAUGGCUGUUGGGUGUCCGGUCCGCAAGCAGGUACAAAGAUGUGCAGAUGACAAGAGUAUUCUAAUAACAACAUAUGAAGGCAACCACAAUCAUCCUCUACCUCCAGCAGCGACGGCCAUGGCCAGCACCACAUCGGCCGCUGCAGCAAUGCUCCUCUCAGGUUCCACCUCCACCAAAGAAUCUCUACCCACUUCUGCCUUCUUAUCUUCUGUACCCUACGCCUCAACCAUGGCCACCUUAUCAGCCUCCGCACCAUUUCCCACCAUCACCCUCGACCUUACCCAAACCCCUAACCCUAUGCACCUCCUCCGUUCCCAAACAUCUUUUCCUCUCCCACUUCAUGGCUCUCCACAACUUUUAGGUCACCCUAUGUUUGUCGCCCCCCAUAAAUUCCCAGCUAUGCCACCGUUGCAGUUAGCCCAACGCCCACCUUCAAUGGUGGAGACUGUGACUGCUGCCAUUGCUUCUGAUCCCAACUUCACGGCGGCCUUGGCGGCUGCCAUUUCAUCCAUUAUAGGGAGCAAUCCACGUAGCAAUGAUGCCAACAAUGGUAGUAACAACGUCACUGAUGAGAACAUCAAUGUUACACCUAAUGGGGUACCUGGAUUGCCGGGUUCUCCACAGCUCCAACAAUCCUGCACCACUUUCUCCACCAAUUGAGGUGUGGGUGAUCCAUCAGUAGUACCUUUAAUUAUUAUAUGUGGAUACGUUUAAUUAUUAUAUGUGGAUACGUACAUAUAUAUAUAUAUAUAUCGCCUCUGAAACAUCAUAUGUCGUUUUACAUACCUGUUUCCUUAAGCUAGAUUGACUCCUAAGAGAAGGAAUCCACAAUACUUGAUGGUGACGUGAUAAGCUGGUAGGUGGGCUACUGCUUGUCAAGAACAAUCAGGUUGUUGAGAUUUUGUAAGCUAAGUGGUGAUUAAACCAUUAUUGGCAUGCUUUCAGCUUUGGGGUUUUAAAGGUUUUCUGAGAUUUGAACAGCGUUAUGAACUUAUAGAGGAUCAGUUACGACACUGUUCUUGAUAUGGCUGGCGACUACUUGGGCGCUUGUGGAUCAAAAUUUUGGCAUAUGUGUAUAUACGUGCCUAUGUUGCAAAAGGCUUUUGCAAAUUCAGUUAAUAAGCAAUAUAUGCUUAACACUGAAAUUAUUAUAUGUGUAUUGAUCUUAUUAGAAAUACAUAUAUACAUGGGGAUAUGUUGCACUGAGGAAGCCUAGAGACCUGGAGUGUAACUAUGGUUAAUAUGAUUGCAGAGUAUAAAAUAUAGUUUGGGAGAGAAAAUAUACAUGUCAUGUGUAUUUGUUGGAAA